AACUUCAGUCGCUGCAGCGCACGACAAAUUGAAACUUGCACUCAAAUUUAGCGGUCCCCCUAACACGCCGGUCGUGCCUAUCCGCAGUGUUGCCACGGUUCUGCCGCACCAUCACAGUCCAUUCUCCCUUUGCAAAAGUCAUUUGCCGAUAAGUUUGCCGACAAAAGCACAGUCAAUCUUUCUUUUGGCAAUCAUAUAAGUAGCUUCUUCACCACCGACCCUUAUUCACUCCUUCUUGACUACCAUGCCAAACCUGGCUCUCCUUGUCGCGCUUAGCGUCGUCGCCUGCGAACUUGCCGCAGGAACUACAUACGAAAUGAUCAAAGAAUAUGCUGGGUCGGGCUUCUUUGAUGACUGGGAUUAUUAUGAUAAUUACGACAAUCUCACUAACGGAGAUGCCAUCUUCGUAGGCUCCGGCUCCGACCUCACAUACAUAGACUCUACCACAAACCGUGCGAUCAUGAAAGUCGACAACACCUCCACCGUGGCUUACAACUACAAGCGUGACACCGUUCGAAUUGCGUCAAAGGAUCGCUACGAGGUUGGAAGCAUUUGGAUAGCGGACAUGUACCAUGUUCCAUACGGCUGUUCGGUCUGGCCGGCGUGGUGGUCCCAGGCUCCUGACUGGCCAACCGGGGGAGAGAUCGAUACCUUUGAAGGGGUGAAUCUUGUGACCAUGAACCAAAUGGCUCUGCAUACUGAGAGUGGUUGUAAACAAGUAGACCCAGUCCAAUCGUCCACCCUCAUCAAUACCACCGAUUGUGAUUACGAAGUAGACGACAACGACGGUUGCGUCGUGACAGACCCGUCCACAGCAUCGUAUGGAGCCAAAUUCGCUGCUGCGGAAGGCGGUGUCUUCGUCACAGAAUUCGCGGAGACCGGGAUAUCUAUCUGGUUCUUUAGCCGCUCCAGUGUUCCCUCCUCCAUCUCCUCGAACUCAAGUACCAUUGAUACUGACAACCUCGGUACCCCUGUUGCGAACUGGCCCAAAGGUGGAUGCGAUAUUGACACGUACUUCACCGCACAGAAUCUGAUAUUUGAUAUCACUCUCUGCGGAGACUUUGCAGGCACCGCAUCUAUAUUUAAUGAAACCUGCACGGGCACAUGCUAUACCGACUAUGUCAUCGGGAAUGCCUCUUACUAUGACACUGCCUACUUCGAUGUUGCUUCAGUGCGUGUGUACGGCGUUAACGGGACCGAUACGACGGCGUCAAGCAGCAGCAGCAGCGGUGCCAUGAGCAAUAACUUGUGGGAUUCGAGAACCGCUGCGGUGCUGGCCGCUGCUGCCCUAGGUGCUACUGCGUUGCUAGCUAUCUGAAGUCAAAAAUAUCUCUUUUUCGUAAUAUUACAGACUGCGCUUAUUGCGUUCUAUCAGUGCCUAAAUACAAUACCUCUCUUUUCCUUGUAUGAAUAGACCUCUAUAAACUGCGGACACAUAUCACUG